AUGCCGGAUCCCCCGCAAGCUGCAGAAACCGCGGCAAGUGGAGCGUCAGCGUUAACGAAGCCUCAGCCGCUACAAUUCAGCGGUGUCAGUGGCGUUAGUCUGCCAGUGCCUUCUAAGUUCGACUUUGCGAAUCCGGCAGAGUGGCCGUCGUGGCGAGCAGUCUUCGAAGACUAUGCCUUCGCUUCAGGCAUCGUCCGCACGCAAGAUGAAACACGCGUGCGAACACUCCUCUACUGCAUGGGGCCUCAAGCUCGCCCGCUCCUCUCGUCACUGGGCGCCGAGAAACCCGAAGAGAGCAAGUAUGAUGACGUAAUAAAUAAACUAGAGGGUCACUUCGUCCACCCGGCAAACGAAAUCUACGAGAGCCGACGGUUCCACCGUGAAGUGCAACAGCCUGGUGAGUCGGUCGAUGCAUUCUACACCAGAUUGGGAACUAUGGUGAAGCGUUGCGGAUAUGGAAGCGACGCCACGGAAGACCGCCUAGUUAGGGACAGAUUUGUCGUGGGACUACGGGACGAUCGUCUAUCCGACAUGCUGUGCCGUUCAGCGAAGCUGACUUCAGAAGAAGCCUUGCUCCAGGCACGUCUGCACGAGGAUGCUGAAAAAGAACGUUCAUGUGCUGCGCCUACAUUCGACGUCAGUGGUACGCUUCUGAAGCGCCGAGAUAAAUUUCGGAUGCGACGUCGCGACAAAAGUGCCCAGGGUCGUCGAGCCAGCGUCGAACGUGAAGAUAGUCCUUCAUGCGCGUUUUGUGGACGGGCCAAGCAUCAGCGAAAGGAUUGUCCAGCACGCAAAGCAACAUGUGACUUUUGUGGCAAACAAGGACAUUUUGCCGAGGUGUGCCGCAAAAGACUUUCCCGGCGCCGAGGACAGAAGUCGGACUCUGUCGAGUUAUCUACAAUCAGCACCCGUAAAGCAUGGUUCAUAGAUGUCGACGUGAAUGGAUACUCCGUGCACUUCAAAGUAGACAGCGGUGCCGAGGUCACAGUAGUUCCUCCUUCUUUUCCUGGUUGCCCGGACGUCCUCGACGCGCUGAAAAGUGAAUUCACAGCAGUCGGAAGUUACUUCCUGAACGUGAAAGGAACAUUUCGUGCGACGUUAUCUUGGAGGGGUCGCUCCGUUACAGAAACUGUCUACGUGGUACAAAAUCAACUAACGCCAUUGCUAGGAUUUACGGCUAUCGAAAGUCUUGACGUCGUACAAUUUGUUGGCGCAACCUCAACGAGGACAGCUCAAGGGCUCGGCCUCACGCCGGAAGACAGCAUAUUUAAGGGUCUAGGUGAGCUGCAAGAACAGUAUCGCAUCAGACUACGUUCUGACGCGCAGCCAUUCUGUUUGAGUACCUCGCGACGUUUGCCUUUGCCUCUGUUCAAUACUGUGAAGCAAGAACUCCUCAACUUGGAGCAGCAGGGAGUCAUCAGGAAAGUCGACAACCCAACUGAAUGGUGUUCUGGCUUAGUCGUGGUCCCGAAGAAAACUGGAGGCUACCGUUUGUGCGUCGACCUAACCAAACUAAACAAGGCGGUGCAGCGUGAGAGGUACACGCUCCCGACCGUGGAACAAAUUUUGGGACAACUGAGCGGUGCAAAGGUCUUCUCGAAACUCGACGCUACGCUAAGUUUCCACCAAGUAAGACUGGAACCUGAAAGCGAAGAAUUCACAACAUUCAUUACGCCGUUUGGGCGUUAUUGUUAUCGGCGUCUUCCUUUCGGGAUAGCUUCAGCCCCUGAAUUUUUUCAGCGUGCAAUGUCACGAAUCGUCGAAGGACUUCCAGGAGUCGUGUGCAUGAUCGAUGAUGUCUUGGUCUUUGGCGUCGAUAAAGCGGAGCAUGACGCUCGUCUGAAGAGUGUCAUCAAGAGACUAAACGACGCAGGCGUCAAGUUAAACUUCAACAAAUGCAAGUUUGGCGUGCCGUCCGUGCAUUUUCUUGGGGUUAUCGUCAGUAGUACCGGGAUAAUGCGAGAUCCUGAGAAGAUCAAGGCCAUCAGAGCUUUACCACCCCCACAGGAUGUCAGCGGAAUUCGCCGUUUGUUAGGCAUGCUUAAUCACAUAGGACGUUUCCUUCCCGACUUGUCGACCAUCACCGCUCCAAUCCGUUUACUUCUACGCAAGAACACUACCUGGAUGUGGGGACCAGAUCAAAUGAUAGCGUUCAACCGCCUGAAAGACGUCCUCGGCUCAGACACUUGUAUGGCCAAAUACCAUCCAGAAUACCCCACUAUCGUAUCGGCAGACGCCAGCUCCUUUGGUCUUCGUUCCGUUUUACUACAGCGGCAACCAGAAGGUGAACUGAGAGCGGUGGCUUUUGCGUCUCGUUCCCUAACUCAAACUGAAGAAAGAUACAGUCAAACAGAAAAAGAAUGCCUAGCAAUCGUGUGGGCCAUCCAACGCUUCGACCAGUAUCUACGAGGACUUUCUUUUUUGGUUGAAACAGAUCAUUUACCCCUGAUACCACUUCUUGGGUCUAAGGAUUUGGAAAUGCUCCCGCCUCGCAUUCAAAGAAUGCGCAUAAAGAUAAUGCGCUAUCAGUUUGACGUAAAGCAUGUUGCCGGCAAACUUCUCGCAACGGCUGACACUUUAUCGCGGGCACCAUGCGAUUCUGCGGACAAGCCGGCUGCAGAUUCUAUCGAACUUUUUAUAAGCGAGGUGAUGAGUAGCGUUCACUUGCCCUCUGCAAUAACCAUCGACGAUUUUCGUCAGCAUCAGCUCCAGGACUCGGAAUGCUCGACGGUCAUUUCGUUCUGUAAAAAGGGAUGGCCUGACCGGCGGAAAGUGCCACUAGGUCUCCUAUCAUAUUGGAGCGAGAGAGCACAUCUGAGCGUCUACAAUGGUUUACUGAUCCACAACAAACAACUGGCGAUUCCGGUAUCACUUCGCAUAGACAUCCUGAGUCUCCUACACGAGGGUCAUCUCAGAUUACGUCGAUGCAGAGAAAAGGCCAGAGAAUCUGUCUGGUGGCCUCAGUGUGUAAGCCUUCCUUCUACAACGUCAGGCCAGGUCAUCACCGCCUUGAAAAGCUGCCUUGCCCGUUUCGGGAUCCCGGAUGUUCUAAGGACUGAUAACGGACCUCAGUUUUGUUCAAGCGAGUUCGCUAGCUUUGCACGCUCCUAUGGUUUCCGCCACGAGACCAGCAGUCCGCGGUACCCUAGGAGUAAUGGAGAAGCUGAACGAAUGGUUCGAACAGUAAAGGACAUCAUGAAGAAAUCCGACGACGUCUUCUUAGCGUUGCUGUCCUACAGAAACUCUCCAGGACCAACUGGCGUAUCGCCAGCACAAUUGCUUAUGGGGCGUCGUUUAAAUACACGCCUCCCCGUUCUACCGGACACUCUUGAUCCUACCCAGCCAGACCAUCGUGCGUUUAAAGCCAAAGACGCCUCGUUGAAGGUAAAGCAGACCACCUACUACAAUCGACGUCAUCGUGCAGCUCCCUUAACCUCUCUGACUCUUGGGGGAGAGGUAUGGGUAUCAGACUUGAAAUGCUGGGGACGUGUGCUCAGCCCAGCACAGCGGCCAAGAUCGUUUGUUGUUGAGGUACCGACCGGCACGGUGCAGCGCAACCGCCAUCAUCUUGUUCCCGUGACGCCUUCGAGGGUCGAACUGCCUUCUGGGGAAACUUCGGCUACUAAUACUUCGGAUGUUGCUUCUCCUGCAACAUUCACGAGGCAAGAUCCUACUUCCCCGGCAAUGUUCACAAGUCAUCAACCGGAUGCUGGACAACAGGUCCCCGAACAUUCUCCGAUAAUGACACGUUACGGGCACAGGGUGCGUCCGCCUAAACGACUGAAUCUUUGA